UUCUGGAGAUGCGAGCUGAGCGCAUACUGGAGUCAGCGACGCUGGACACUCGGCUUGCUUUUGCGCCUCAUUCGGAGGCUAAAUAUUCCUAUAGCGUCCGAUUACGCAGCAACCCUGAUUCCUAUCAGUGCUGCAUGGCUUUAUUUAUAAGAAAAAUAUUUUUUACUGUUAUUUCAUUUUUAUACAAGCUCCUGGGAAAUCGCUUGUUGUAGUUCACUGUUAUGCGCUCCAGCUGAAGAAAUUAUUUAAGCAAGACUUUUUUUUCCAGUGUCAGAGAAAUAUUCUACUGCCAUACUGGACGUACUGGGAAAUCGCGGACUGGACUGUUAGCGUUAAGAGGUUUGCCUGCAACGGCAUCGCUUGUGAGAUUCCCCGACUGACAGCGUUUUCCUCGAUCUGGAUUCUUUUCUAUCUACUGAAGAGGCUUUGCAAUUUGAAAUAAAAACAGUUCUGAAAAGGAACGGAAAGCUCACCUAAACGUCAAGGAUCUCGUGGAAAUUAUACUUAAAGCAUAAUUUUUAAUUAUAAAAUACAUCUGGACGCACCUGGAUUUUUUGUAUGCAGAGAAGAAUUACCCUGAUGCAUUUUUAGACGGAGAUCUCUUUCGGAAUUUCAUUUCAAUUCAUGGACCCGUUUUACGGAAUGCUCUACUACUUUAUUAUAUAUAUUUUUUGAGAAUAAGGGCCGUUUGUUAGGCCGUUUCUUUUUUCUUCAAAAUGGUCGGUACCCAAUACCAAUCUUGUCACCCAGUUUAUAACCUAUUAUCAGCCAUAUCCAAGUACGUGGGUAAAUUCGUUUUCUGACUCUUAUAAGAAUGCGUUCCUAUCGGUACUGUAAAUGUUAUUAUUUUUCAAUGUAGCAUCCUGGAAAUUGAGACUAAUGUAAUAACUGAUAAAAUGAAGUGAUGAAAGGCAGGUCCUCUAUCGUACAACGAGUAAAUUAGAUUAAGGAGCGUGUAGUUUAUACCAGCAGCUGUACUAAUUGGUUUCUGUUGGUUAAAUCUGACAUUCACUUGACAACUUUCUAAUGUAAUGAAUUCACCGGAGGAUUUUGCACUUUGAUUAUUAGAGGUAUUUACACAGGCAGCAGUACAUGAUUAUCCUACAGAAGGUAGACUAGAAUAUUUGACUUUAAAGAGAAGAAAAUCAACAAGUACGAUGAGCUCUGCGGAGAUGGAUUUUAUACAAAUUCUCCUGAUAGCUCUUCUGUUCUGGCCUGGGGCCGAUGCUGUCAUUAAUCUGAAAUACUCAGUAGACGAGGAGCAAAGAGCGGGGACAAUCAUUGCAAAUGUUGCAAAGGACGCGAAAGAUGCCGGAUUUGUGGUUGAUCCCCGGCAACCGUCACUGCGAGUCAUUUCCAAUUCGGAGCCGCAUUGGGUGGACAUCAGCCCGGCUGGGCUCCUGAUCACCAAGCAGAAAAUUGACCGGGAUGCAGCCUGCCGACAAAACCCGAAGUGUUACAUAUCUUUGGAGGUUAUGUCCAACUCAAUGGAAAUCUGCGUGAUUAAAAUCGAAAUUAAGGACCUCAAUGACAAUGCCCCUCGCUUCCCCACAGACCACAUAGACAUUGAAAUUUCUGAGAACGCCUCCCCUGGCACCCGGUUUCCCCUAGAGGGGGCAAACGAUCCGGAUUCAGGUACUUUUGGCGUGCAGACGUACGAGAUCACCCCGAACGAUCUGUUCGGACUGGAGAUCAAGACUAGGGGGGACGGGUCUAAGAUUGCCGAGCUCGUUGUGGAAAAGAUGCUGGACAGGGAAACACAGUCUCACUACACUUAUGAGAUCACUGCGGUAGACGGGGGGGACCCUCCGAAGUACGGCACGGUGCAGCUCAAUAUUAAAGUCGUCGAUUCAAACGACAACAAUCCGGUUUUCGACGAGCCCGUCUAUACGGUAAACGUGAUGGAGAAUGCUCCCAUCAACACGGUGGUCAUUGACCUAAACGCCACCGACCCCGACGAGGGUACGAACGGCGAGGUGGUGUAUUCCUUCAACAGCUACGUGGCCGAGAAGACGCGGGACGUGUUUAAAAUCGACCCCCGAACCGGCGUGAUUACCGUCUCGGGGGUGUUGGACUACGAAGCCAUGCAUAUUUAUGAGAUCGAUGUUCAAGCCAAAGAUCUGGGUCCCAACUCGAUCCCGGCUCACUGCAAAGUGACGGUGAACGUAAUGGACGCGAACGAUAACGUGCCGGUAAUUAGCCUGCUGUCGGUGCACAGUGAGAUAGUGGAAGUGAGUGAGAAUGCACCCCUUGGGUAUGUCAUAGCACUAGUGAGGGUCUCCGACAAAGACUCGGGGGCCAACGGGAAGGUGCAGUGCAGACUGCAAGGCAACGUCCCCUUCAGACUCCAGGAAUACGAGAGCUUCUCCACCAUACUUGUUGAUGGGAGACUGGACAGGGAACAGAGGGACACGUACAACCUUACAAUCCAAGCCGAGGACAGCGGAAUCCCCUCCCUAAAAACCACCAAGUCGUUUGUGGUCAAGGUGACCGAUGAAAAUGACAACCCCCCUCACUUUACCAAACCGCAUUACCAGGAAAUGAUCCUGGAGAAUAACACUCCCGGUGCUUAUUUGCUUUCCGUAUCGGCCCGGGAUCCCGACCUGGGCUUGAACGGCACUGUCACCUACCAGAUCGUUCCGUCCCAAGUAAGAGACAUGCCCGUGUUCACGUACGUGUCCAUAAAUCCCAAUUCCGGCGACAUCUACGCCCUCAGGUCCUUCAAUCACGAACACACCAGGACGUUUGAGUUCAAAGUUUUGGCCAAAGACGGGGGGAACCCGUCCCUGUCCAGCAACGCCACGGUGAGGAUCGUCGUCCUGGACGUCAACGAUAACACCCCGGUUAUGACCACCCCACCUCUGGUUAACGGUACCGCCGAGGUAUCCAUCCCGAGAAAUGCCGGGGUGGGUUAUUUAGUAACACAGGUGAAAGCGGACGACUACGAUGAAGGCGAGAACGGGAGAUUAACAUACUCCAUCUCGGAGGGGGAUCGGACCUUCUUUGAGAUAGAUCAGGUGAACGGCGAGGUCCGGACCACCAGGAUGUUCGGGGAAAACGCCAAGGCGACCUACGAGAUCACCGUGGUGGCUCACGACCACGGCAAGACCUCUCUGUCCGCCUCGGCUUUCAUCGUCAUCUACCUGUCGCCGGAUCUGAACACGCAGGAAUCCAUGGGACCGGUGAACCUGUCACUCAUCUUCAUCAUCGCCCUGGGCUCUAUCGCUGCCAUCCUGUUUGUCACCAUGAUAUUCGUGGCUGUCAAGUGCAAAAGGGACAACAAGGAAAUUCGAACUUACAACUGCAGGGUGGCAGAGUACUCUUACGGCAACCAGAAGAAGUCCAGCAAGAAGAAGAAACUGAGCAAGAAUGACAUCAGACUCGUCCCCCGCGACGUGGAGGAGACCGACAAGAUGAACGUGGUGAGUUGCUCUUCUCUCACCUCCUCGCUCAACUACUUCGACUACCACCAGCAGACCUUGCCGCUGGGCUGCAGGCGGUCGGAGAGCACCUUCCUCAACGUGGAGAGCCAGAACUCACGCAAUGCCGCCCCCAACCAUGGCUAUCAUCAUACCUUCACCGGGCAAGGCCCGCAGCAGCCUGACCUCAUCAUCAACGGCAUGCCGCUGCCAGAGACGGAGAAUUAUUCCAUGGACUCCAGUUAUGUAAAUAGCAGAGCGCACCUUAUUAAAAGCACAUCAACAUUCAAGGACUUGGAAGGGAACAGCCUGAAGGACAGCGGGCACGAAGAGAGCGACCAGACGGACAGCGAGCACGACGUCCAGAGAGGCCUGUACGCCGACACAGCUGUCAACGACGUGCUGAACAUGAGCCUUCCACCAGGGGGCAGUCAGCUUCCCGAGCAAGAGACCGUUGAAAGUUUCCACUGCCAGGACGAAUGCCGGAUUCUGGGCCACUCGGACCGCUGCUGGAUGCCCCGAGUACCCAUGCCGGCUCGUGCCAAGUCCCCGGAGCACGGCCGCAACGUCAUUGCCCUGUCCAUCGAGGCGACCACUGUGGACGUUCCGCACUACGAGGACUGCGGCACCAAAAGGACUUUUGCCACCUUCGGCAAGGACGGACCCGAGGAGACGGACCGGGCCGAGCCAAAGGGCAAGAGGACAGGCGAGGCCUCGGCAUGCAGCCCCAAGGCCAAUGGUGCUGUCCGUGAGGCCGGCAAUGGCCGGGAAGCCGUAAGCCCCAUUACCUCCCCCGUGCACCUCAAGAGCCCUCUGUCCAAGCCCCCCUCAACUUACGGCACGCUGAAGUGUCGGGACGCGGAGAGGAUCGCCAACCACAGCCUGCUGCGGCAGCCCGAGGGGAAGGACAGUGAGCCAGCCAUGCGCGAGAUCAACCAGCUACUGCAGGAUGGUCGCGACAAGGAUUCCCCCAGUAGCAAGCGACUGAAAGACAUCGUCCUAUAAGCUGGCAGGAGUCAGCAGAGAGCCCAAAAACGGGAGCACAUGCACAUACGCACUUAUGUGUGUGUGUGUGCACGCGUGUGAGAGGGAAAGGAACAGGGGAAUGGCGAGAUGGCACGACAUGUGCUGGGAAGGGCCCGUGGAGACACGCUUGAAGAGGCACCGUAUGCUGCCAUCUUAGUCUGCUGGCCAACAGAUGGCUUUGAUGUGGCUUUGUCUUUGCAGCACUAAAUUCCCGCCUUUGUUUUUUUGUCCACCAUCCUGAAAAGUGUGCUGGGGAAAGGGGGGGGGGUGGGUUAUGUUUACUGAGUAACAUGCCAAAACACACCGUUCAGAGUUUGUCCCUCCUCUUUCUGGGAAUGGCCGCGACAUUCAAACUGGAUAUGUCACAACAGCCAUGCCCUUGGACAACAGUGGAGUCAUGCCUUUCAAACGCGUCUCUGUUGAUCUCUGAUGUUGCCUUUUUUCGGUUUGCGGAGUGAUUUUUUAGCUGAAAGACUGUUUGACGUUGCUUUCAAAAAAGAGCCGUUCCCCCCCCAUCAGACCCAUAUAUACAAACAACACAGAACCAUCUUUUUUUAAAAAUUAAAAAAAAAAUGGCUUAUUUGAUUUUGCAAUGCAAAAAUUGAGCCAAAAAACUUCUCUCAUCCUAAUUUUCCAAGCUUUGACGUGUCCAAUAACAGACUCCCUCUGCAUCCCUGAGGACAACCCUGUGUCUCCAAACACGCCGAGACCAUUACAGUAUUUGCAUUCUUUUUUGCCUCUGAUGGAGCUAAUUGUACACUGAGUGUCAGCCGAAAGUCCGCUGGAAACUCAAGGAGGGAAAGGCCAGUCCUUCUGCCGAAAACGAAACCGAACGGAAAGACUUGUUUUAUUUAGAAUCUCCUGUGCCCAUUCUUGAUUGUAGCCGGUGGGGCACAGUUUACUAGAACCUUGUGCUCGGGUCUUGUAACUCUUUUAAUUCUGACUGUGGGGCUAGGAUAGAAGGGAUCGUCACUCACACGUGUUGCUAUGUGAAACUCUGCAUAGGGAUUACUAUUAUCAUUUUUAAUAACCUGUUGUUAUGUGACAAUCCCUUUAAUGUUUUGUUUCAAGAGGAAAAAAAUAAACAUUGGUGUUUAACUGAAGCUACAGUAGCGUUUGUUACACAAACACAAAAGGAAAAAAAAAACAUAUGCCAAAAUAUAUUUUAUAAAUAAUUUAAAAUGUAUAAUGAGAAUAUUUAAUGCUGUGUAGUUAUUUUAUUAGUAAGUUAUACUUGAAAUUAACAGGCUUUUGUUUCCCUUUUCUUUUUUAUUAUGACCUUUAUUUUUUGAAAUUGAACAUUGAUUUUCGUUUACUGUGUUACCCCUGGCAACUGUUGACUUGCAGUCUACCUUGUUGUAAACGAGUUUCUUAUUGGUCAGUUCUUGUGCCAUCAAGUUUCUGUGUGGGCAAAUAGAAAAAGAAAAAGACAAAAAAAAAAAAAACGCUAUUUCAGCACCAACUGUAGUGUCAGUUCAACGAGCUUAGAGUGAGAUAGCAGAAGAAACCAAAAAGAAAAUAAAAAAUAAAAAUGCAAACAACCAGGAUCACAUUGAGGUUUUGAGUUCAACAUUAAAGCAGAAGGUAAAGGGUUCUAAGAUGGAUGGGUGAUUUUAUACAUUCUGGAACAACCAGUUCCUGCGGGGAGAUCUCAAAGCAGACUAGACGAAGGGUCACGCAGUAAUAUGAGAUCUCCCAAUGAAAACAAAUACGCUCAGCUUAACAGCGAUUCCACCCUGCCUUUUUGUUCGAACCAGUAUGCGAAAAUACAGAGAUAACAGAUCGUUCAAGGUACUGCAAAUGCACAGAAAGUAACUAAAUGCGACCUUAAGUCUGAUAGCUGGGCUUAACCCUAAAAGGGUAAAUGGAGAGGAGGAAGAGGCCUAUCUGCUCCUCUUAAUGGGUUUUUUCAGAUGCUUUCUGAUGGAAACACGCGGACAGAUAUGCGUGAUUAAAAGGACAUGUUCCAUACAACGACAUAGAAAUUGUAGAUGAAUGUUUUGAAGGUCUCACCAAUAGCUUCUGGCAACAUGAAAAUCAGAAUAAUCACUGAAUGUAUACAGCAGCUUAUUAUUAAACUAUUAAAUGUUCUCA